CCUUUCUGUGUCUUUAACAAGGCAGUUUUAUUCUAAACUCCGCAAACUGUGACUAGUGCUGUUGGUAUUGCGUUAACUUCCCCUUUAGUUUGAUAAGUUCCUGUUCAAAAUGAGUCACAUUCAGCCUACAAACAAUGUAGAUUAAACAAUUCUUCGUUGUGAUAUGGAGUGCAACCAAGAUUCACCUAGGAGGAAAAUUCUAGUUUGUCUACCUGUUUACUCAACCCAGGCAGUGUGAGUGUCCAUAUUCAAGAAAGAAUCCCCAAUCAACAUAGCUGGUAACCAUGCUGGAUUGUGGCUUUGGGGACUUGUAGUCCAAAAAAGUAACUGAAUGGAAACAAGUAACUACAAGAGCUUGUACCUCAGAAUCACUGUUGUGACUGAAAUUCACAAAGCCUGGAGGAACAAAGGCUUGUAAAAUAAAGCACAUAGUAAACCAAGCUCUCCAGUGCAGUCAAGAAUGGUGCCCCAUUGUCAAGUUGCAGCCAAAACAGACCCAUGUUUUAUAAAUCACACUGAAUUCAGUGGAGCUUAUUUCUAGCAUUUUGGAGACAUGAGAACUUAACGGAAGCUGAUAGCCACAAAACAGAAGUCACAUGUGUUAGCAGAAACUGAAUGUUGCCUUUUUUUAAAACUUAUUAUCUGAGCUGCUAAGCUGCAAGAUGCAGAUAGUGCUGGAGCAGUUCGUCAUCACAUAUGAACGGAAGAUUCACAAAGCAGAGAUUCCAUAUGGUGGGAAAAACACAGUAUACAACAUGACUGUGUGACCUCUGGGAAGAGUUAUUUUUCAUUAUUCUGUUUUUAAAGUACAAUAUAACAAAGAAGCACAGCCACCAUUACUUCAAGUUACAGGAAUUAGAUUGUCUACUUUACACCUACACUCUUAUCCAGAAGAUUCAAACCAAUACAUGGAGUGAAAAAUGGUGGGUAAGAAAAAAAUUUGGAGCAUUAUGACUCUAGGCCUUGUGGCUUCCAUUUGGAAGAUGUACACAUCUGUGUAUACAAGCUCCGUAUCUUCUUCAUAUAGCCCUGAAGAACAGCCAUUCACAUAUUCCCUCUUAGAGAGAAGACCUUGUAACUGUAAUAGGUGCCUGGAUCUUACAAACCAGAAUUGGUUCUGUGAUAACUUUGAUGGCUCAGUAAGCUGCCUGCUAACUCCUGAAACCCAACAGAUCUCCCCAACAAUCCUGCACUGGUGGCUGAAGCUGCAAAGAUCACAGGAUGGGAGCCAAGUCCAGGAGAUAAUGAAACACCUCUUUGAUAUUCUUCCAUCUCUCACUGAUCGAGUCCAGGAUGUUGCCCAGUGUGGGAUGUGUGCAGUUGUGGGGAACUCAGGAAGACUGAGAGGUUCAAAAUACGGGGAAAAGAUUGAUUCUCACCAGUUUGUGCUGAGGAUCAACACAGCACCAACUAAAGGCUUUGAAGUGGAUGUUGGUACAAGAACCACUCACCGUUUUAUCUACCCAGAGAGUGCAGUGAACCUCAGUCCUGGCUCCCACCUUGUGCUGCUACCCUUCAAACCUCUGGAUCUGAAAUGGCUGGCCAGUAUCUUUUCCUCAGGGGACAUAAAAUACACAUACAAAAGAGUCCGACAAUUCAUUGAAGCAGACAAAAGCAAGGUCCUAAUAAUACACCCUGGCUUUCUGAAAUAUAUCCAGGAUAAAUGGACUAAGCAGCAUGGAAGGUAUCCAUCCACUGGAUUCACUGCUCUCAUUUUUGCCAUUCAUAUUUGUACACAGGUCUCUGCAUUUGGUUUUGGUGCAGACAACAACGGGAACUGGCAUCACUACUGGGAAGAGAACCACUAUGCUGGAGCAUUCCGCAAGACUCGGGUGCAUGAUGCCGAUUUUGAAUUUGGGCUCAUCAAAAGACUAGCAGCUGAAGGCAAAGUGUUAUUUUACAGUUAGCUUGCAGGAGUAUCCCACAUGAUUUAUACUGCAUGCCAGGGCUUGCCAAUUCUUUUUGAGAGAACUCAUUUUAUUUGUGUGCAUAUCACACUGGACUACAACAGUGGGGCUCCCCUAAAAUAUGUUGCACAUGAGGACUGGGGUUAUCUGUUUGGGCUUCACAGAAAAUGGAACUAUAACUGGAUGGGAAUCUUGUGCAACCCAACAGUGGCCAAGCAAUUCUUUUGGAUUACUCCUCAGUGUGCUACCUCUGAGGGUCUUACACUCUGAUCUGCAGAGCCCCACUGUAUUUUCAGGUCAGUACAGGUCGUUCAUGGAAAGGUUGCAAAACAACUGGUCAUAUCUAUACUUGGUCCCACACUUAAUAAAUUUAUCCCAAAGUUGGAAAUCUAGGUGACUUUGAUUAAUAUAAGUAUUUAUGCAAGAUACAAUUUUUAGUUUUUGUUAUCCUCAAGCUGAAAUAUCAGAACAGGACAAAUCUUGAACCAGGUAUGAAGUGAAAGCUGACAAAUGUUAGACUGAGCUUUACAAAGCUUUACUCACAAACCCAGGCAUGCCCAUUGCACCAGAAUGGGGAGACUAGUUAAUAAAAUGAAUUAUGCAUCUGUCUUGAUUUGCACAAUACUAGUAUGUGAGCCUGCAUGACCCCCCCAACCCCCCCCCCCCCUAUUUUGAAGUAGACAGUGGAGAAUUAGAAUUGAGAACUAUUACCUCAAAGUUAUUUUUAAAGAUUUAAAUAUCUGAACAUACAUGGAAGAAGCAAGCCCAGCUAUGAAGAAAAUUCUGCCUGAUUUACAGAAAAAUGUGUUUUUUUAUUCAGUACAAAGAUAUAGUAUCCUAACUCUGCUCUCAACUUAAGUUUCCUUACUUAUUCAUGUUUUAAUGCCAAUGCAUACCUGGGUUUACAUAUAAAUUUGCAACCGUAAGCCUACUCAGUCUUCUGCAGAAAUCCAUGGAAUAACCCAGUGUAUCUAGGGGUGGACUACAAAAAUGUU